AUGUAUCCCAUACGUAGUUUUACUAGCGGUUAUCAUUAUUCACCACCUUCACCGACGCCUACUCCGUAUAGUAAUAAUAAUAAUCAUCAUCAUCAUCACCAACAACAGAACAAUCGAACAUCUCAUGCUCAAUAUUAUCAACCAACAUCUCCCAUCAGAAAUAAUCUUCCUCCGACGCCUACGCGCCGCGUUAAUCCAGCUUUAUCAGCUAAUACUAAUCAUCCAAGACCGUUCUAUCCUACUCAUGGAAAACAACAAGCACAGCAUUUUAGUUUUUCUCAGAGGAACAACCGUGCUGAAAUUGAUGAUUCGCCAAUAAUUGAUCCUCGCGCUUUUCAAUAUUUGAAUUCAAAUGAACGAAAAGGAAAGAAGAAACCGGACGCCGAUGGUAUGGAGAGUGGAAUUGAUUCUCGGCCAAUUAUUAAUCUUGAUGCUGUGGUACAAUUAGAACGUCGACGCCAGCAACAAAUAGAAAAAAACAAUCGCCUACGCGGUGAUGAUGGGUCCAAAGGAGGUAUUGAUGAUCGAUCAAUUGUCGAUGCCAAUGCCUUUCGGUACGUCGAAGGAAGAACAAAUAAAGUGAAUAAACAAGGUCAAAACAUGAGCAGUGGAAUCGAUGAUAGACCAAUUACAAAUCCUGAUGCCUUCAAAUAUAUCGAUGGUCGACGUCAGAAAGUACCCAUCAAUCAAUCGAACGAACCGUCGAUUGACACUCGACCAAUUAUCAAUCCAGAUGCAUUUCGAUUUAUAGAAAAACACGGAACAUCGUCGAAAAAGACCGUCGAAAGUGGAAUCGAUAGUGAACCAAUUGUGAAUCCAAAUGCGUUUCGUUAUUUGGAGAAAAAUUCCUUUCCUGUUCAUCGUGAUAUUCAACCAGGUGUGGAUACAAGGGCAAUUGUUAAUCCAAAUGCUUUUCAGUAUAUUGAAAAUCGCACAUUGGUGAAAAAGCCAACAGCCCAAUCAUCGAUUGAUGAUCGACCUAUCGUCAAUCCUGAAGCAUUCAAAUGGGUCGAAGGAAAGCAAACCAGACGUCAAGUUUUCGAUGGACCUGACAUCGACGAACGAUCGUAUGUUAAUCCAAAUGCUUUUCGUUACGUCGAACGUCGUGUCGAAAAACGAAAUAACGUCGAAAGUGGCAUUGACGAAAGAUCAUAUGUGAAUCCAAACGCCUUUCGCUAUAUUGAAGGUUUUGGAUCGAAUUCGAGAAAUAAAUCUAUACAUUCGUCCAUGGGUCCAGCAAUCGAAACCAAAUCUUAUAUUAAUACGGAAGCAUUUCGACAUUUAGAAGGUGGACAAAGUCGUUCGAAAUAUAAUAAUAAUUAUUCAGAUCGUGACGGCAUUGACGAUCGAUCGAUUAUCUCACCUGCCGCAUUUCGACAUCUUGAAUUCGAUAACCAAUAUGUCUCUCCUUAUCAGUACAGCUACGCCUCGUAUGGACUCUCCGAUGUUUAA